AUGCCGGCCACGGAGCUCGUCGCGCCCAUGCCGCCAUCGGCGCCCGCUGACCAUCUGGCGUGCAGCGAGAAACCCUCUGCGAGCUGGCGCCAGCGUGGUGGUUUGGCGGCGUGCGGCGCAGCGCUGGUCUUCUUGGCGUCCAUCCACGGAAGGCCGGCGGCUUUUCGAAGCGCAGCACGACCUGCGGCGCCCGGCGCGCUGAUGCCGACCACUGCAGGGCAUGUGAGGCGGAACGGCGACCGCACAGCGCGCGCGGGUGUGGAGAACGUGAUCAACCGCCGGGCUUCGGCCCCUCGCCGGCGCAGCGCCGGCGAGGGCGUGCGCAGUUUGAAAUUGCAAGGCAACACCCGCGCUCGUGCGGACCGCACGACCAGCUUCCUGCUCGCGCCGCCCUCGCUGUGGCCCGGCGUCUCCGCCGGCGGCUGGUGCGUCAAGGUGAUGAAGAGCACCACCAAGCCUGACGUCACCACGGUCAAGUUCAACGACUCCACGGUGACCUUCUCGUUCGCCGUGGUUGCCUCAUGGAAGCCCGUCUCCUAG